AUGGAAGUACGGAGUUGGAUUAUUAGUUUAGGAGAAGAGAUGGGAAAUAAUGAGAACCUAUAUUGUGAGAAAGAUGAAAAGUGGCAGGAAGUUACGGCGAGAAGGAAAGGAGGCAACAAUCAGCAUGAGGAGAACACUAAAAGACAAGAUCUUACUAAGUUUUACAUCGCCAAUAUACCGGAGAGGUGUUCCGGGGAUGAUAUCAGACGUUUUCUCGAGAUUUAUGGCGAAAUCGAAGGCAUCUAUGUGGCUCGUAAGAGGAACAAGAUGGGACAAAGAUUUGCUUUUGUGUCGUUUGCUAAGGUGAUUGAUAAGUACGAUCUGGAAAAGAAUCUAAGGAAAACCAAGAUUGGGGAUAACAAACUCUUCGUGAGUAUAGCCAAGUUCGUUGACGGGGAAUCCGUGGGUUCCGAUUACAAGAAUGCAAAGCAGACUGAUAACAGGAAGGAGAUACCGAAAAUGUUUUGGAAAGAUGAAAAGUGGCAGGAAGUUACGGCGAGAAGGAAAGGAGGCAACAAUCAGCAUGAGGAGAACACUAAAAGACAAGAUCUUACUAAGUUUUACAUCGCCAAUAUACCGGAGAGGUGUUCCGGGGAUGAUAUCAGACGUUUUCUCGAGAUUUAUGGCGAAAUCGAAGGCAUCUAUGUGGCUCGUAAGAGGAACAAGAUGGGACAAAGAUUUGCUUUUGUGUCGUUUGCUAAGGUGAUUGAUAAGUACGAUCUGGAAAAGAAUCUAAGGAAAACCAAGAUUGGGGAUAACAAACUCUUCGUGAGUAUAGCCAAGUUCGUUGACGGGGAAUCCGUGGGUUCCGAUUACAAGAAUGCAAAGCAGACUGAUAACAGGAAGGAGAUACCGAAAAACAUCGAAAAGAACGAUCAGGAAAUCAAACUAACAAUGGAACAAGGAGGCUCAGUACAUGGUAUUGGAACAUCUUUUAGAGAUAUUCUAACAAAGAAUGUUUCGAUAAAGGACGCAGAUAUGAUCGCGUUGGCACCUAAUAUUAAUGCAUUCAAUCAGUGGCAUGACAAAACUAUUGUGGGCAGGGUUUUGGAUUUCCAGAAGUUGGUAUCACUUAGGAGAUGGCUGCGGGAGAAGGAACUUAGGAAUAUCAAGAUCAAGUACAUUGGAGGGACGUCUGUGUUACUUGUUUUUGAUAGUGUUAAUGAGGCAGAAACUUUUGCUGGUAAUGAACUGAAGGGCUUGCGCCAAGAAAUCGAGAGAGCGCUCAAAAGCGGCAAGCUAAGCCAUCUAGUGAAGAAUGUACGCAAGGAAACCCGUCAACUCCAGCGCCACGAUGAAGGUAACCACAAAAAGGUCCGACGACUAGAGACUCACAUGGUCAACGGACCCAGGUACAGCGCGAAAGAGAAAGGCAAACGCCCUUAUGAACCUUCUUGGUAG